AAGCGACCAAAAACACGGCACAGAUACAACUGCCACGACUGUUUUCAACAUUUCCCGUUGCCUCAGAGUUUAUUAGUGAAAUAUGGAGGAAGUGUAUGAGGCUGCGGAGGAUGACUUGGAUGAUGAUGAAGAUGAGGCCACUCAGUACAUGAUUGAACAGAGUCUAUUGGAGUACAGUAAACAUGCUGAUUCAGCUACCAGUGAUCCAUUAGACUGCAUCGACCACGAGGAAAUUUUCACUGCUAUACAAGCUGGUAAUGAAGAUGCUCUGAAGGUCCUGGUGCAGCGUAAGGAGGCUUUGUCUAAUGCAGACAGCAAGGGCUGGAUUCCUUUGCAUGAGGCAGCGGUGCAACACAAGAGGAGCAUUCUGGAGAUCACUUAUGCAGCAUCUCCUCAGGGGUCAGGACAAUGCCGUACUCUGAGAGGGGAGACUCCGCUGUUUCUCGCCGUUGUCCAGGGUCUCCGAGAGAAUGCCACAUUCCUGCUGCAGAACGGUUGUGACCCUGACUGUAAAAAUCAGGAUGAUGAUUCUGCAUUGGUUGCAGCCAUAAAGAAUGACCAGUAUGACCUGGCUCUGCUGCUGCUACGUUUCAAUGCCACAGUGGACCAAAAAGGAAGUCUUCAAAGAACCGCUCUGCAUGAAGCAUCCGUGCUUGGCUUGGAUAACUUUGUAUACCUACUCCUACAAUCUGGCGCUGACCCAAAUGUCAUUGACAUCUGUGAACAUACUCCUUUAGGACUUGCAGCUCAAGCUGGACAUUUUAACGUUGUAGAGAUUCUGCUUCAGAAAGGGGCCAGUGUGUGGUCCAAGCCUCAUUCUCUUGGUUCAGCGUCAGUUUUAUUCGACGCUGCGGCUUCUGGAAACCCCGAUAUCAUUUCACUGCUGCUGGAGUAUGGAGCCGAUCCCAACGUGCCCACCCACACCGGCCAUCUCCCCAUCCACCGUGCAGCCUACCGCGGACAUCUGCUAGUGCUGGAGCAGCUGAUCCCUGUGACUAAGAAAGAGGUGAUCAAAGAGAGCGGCAUGAGCCCGUUACACUCCGCCGCUGCAGGCGGUCACUCUCAGUGUCUGGAUCUGCUCCUGAGCUCCGGGUUUGACCCAAACUUCAUGCUACACCCCAGAGUGCGCAGGAACUAUGAGGAUGAACGCAGGUCAGCGCUGUUCUUCGCUGUGUCGAAUAACGACGUGCAGUCAGCGAGGCUGCUUCUGGAGGCUGGGGCCAUGCCCAAUCAAGACCCUGUCAACUGCCUGCAGGUGGCCAUGCGACUGGGCAACUACGAGCUAAUCAACACUCUGCUCCGCUACGGUGCCAAUGUGAACUACUACUCCCGUGUCAACACCACCCACUUCCCUUCUGCCCUUCAGUAUGCACUUAAAGAUGAGGUGAUGCUGCGUAUGCUGCUCAAUAAUGGCUAUGAUGUGCAGCGCUGCUUUGACUGCCCAUAUGGACAGGCCUCACAUGUGCCCGUGGAUUAUGAGGGAUGGAGCGCUUCUGUCAUCAGAGAUGUUGUGUUCUGUGAGGUGAUCACUGUGUACUGGCUCAAGCACAUCUCAGCCCAAGUAGUGAGAAUCAUGUUGGAUUAUGUUGAUCAUGUGACUCUCUGCUCCAAACUGAAGAGUGUUCUGGUUGAACAAAAACAGUGGCCGGAAAUAUGUAAGAUACAAGAAAAUGCUCGAAGCCUGAAGCAUCUCUGCAGACUGAAGAUCCGUGACUGUUUGGGUCGCUUGCGUCUGAGGGCUCCAGUUUUUAUCAGUUUCCUGCCUCUGCCCGCCAGUCUCAAAGACUAUAUUCGCUUCACAGAGUAUGAUAUUUACAGCAGAGGAAGUAUGCCUGAAGAGUAAAACCAGAUUGAUAAAUCUGUACAAGAGA